AUGCAGGUUUCUGCGACCCCAACCACGGCACAACCUUCUGGAGGUGAUCAGACCAUCCUGGCCCAGUUAUUGGCAUUCAGAAACCGGACGAAUAAUAUCAUCACCCUCAACGUAUCGCUUACCGGUCUAAUGAAGCAUGCUAAGCCAUUCACCCUCCCCCGAGGCAAGAUCGAUCCCGCUGACGAAGACCACGAUGCGAGCGCAAUAGCAUUCAAGGCUCCCUUACCCAAAGCGUCUGAUACCCCCGCCGAUCCAUCCGCGGACUUUGUCCCUAAUCCAACAUCGAAAAUUGGGAGACGCCAAUGGAAAGAUGAUAAUGCCGACCCGUGGGAGUUCAACGCCUGGGAUAACGUCGAAUGGAACGAGGAACAACAAAAAUUUGCGGAGGAUGCCACCAUGAAGCAAGCAGCUAAUCCAGUCCCACAUGAUAUGAAAGUCAAGUUCAAUGAAGCACCAGCCGAAUUUUGGGAAACGUUUUACGCAACUCGGAAGGAUACGUUUUUUAAAGAUCGAGCAUGGUUGCGGAACGAGUUCCCGAUUUUGGAACAGGCUGUUAGACCAGAUUAUGGUCCUAUCCGAAUAGCUGAACUAGGAUGUGGGGUCAGUUUCCGAUCUCAGACAUAUGUACAUACUAGCCGGGAAACACGGCUUUCCCAAUCUUGGCUGCCAAUCAGAACCCAGAGCUAUUCCUCUAUGCGCUGGAUUAUUCGGCGAAAGCAGUUGAACUCGUGA